AUGGGAAACCGUGCGCAGUCUCCCUCGGGGACCGGUCCCGUGGAUCUUUCCAUGCCUCGGACUGGGCUGCGACGCGACUCCAUGCGGAGCAGCAUGAGCGUCGUGUCGGAUGUGGAGAUGGCUCGUAAUGAGGUCUUCGAUGGACCAAUCUCAGAAAGCGUUCCUUCGAGCGUUGUCUCAUUUGCACACCGCCGCAAUCGAACAGGCUCUACGGUGAGCUUCACAUACUUCCAGGAUGAGGAAGAUUUCGCGGAAUGGUCGAACGAAGACGCAGUGGAGGACCAAAGUGAUAUCGACGAAGAAUCUCUACAUGGGAUUGGGGAUGUAGACAUUGAGUCAGCCAGAGGAUCUUUUGUGUCCAAGCGACUGUCUACCUCUCGCGACUCGGUUGAGCAUCCACUUCUUUCUCGCUACAUGUCAGCUAGCUCGUACGGCCGAGACCGACGAUCUGGCAGUCGAUUGAAUCAAAAGGUCUAUAUUGCAUCGGAGGAUUUAACAGCUGUAUUUGCUGGCUUCUCCACAAGCACUGGAGGAUAUGCUCUCUAUCUCGCUCUUUGCAUAUUGACCGGUGGAUUUGCCUACCUUCUCUUCCGAUGGCUACCACGAUGGCGGGUAAAAUUGAUUGGAAAGGCAACUCCGAUUGGAAAGUGCCAGUGGAUUGCCAUCGAGGAUCAAUGGCAUCAAUUCACCAUUCACGAGGUUGGCACUCAACCCUAUGGACGUCCGCUUUCCACGGUCUUCGCCGAUUCUUUGAAUCACACGUAUGAUGAAGAUAAUGACCCAACUAUUGCUUCUCUCCACUUUAUUGACUACAGAUACCUGAGAUUCUUCUAUCAUCCAGUCGAGGAUAAAUUCUCCCUGAUAAAUGGCUGGAAAGAUCCCUCGUGGACUAGUGCUAAAGCCAUGCGGAGUGGGUUGGAUGCUGAUGAACGAGACAGCAGAGAACAGUUAUUUGGAAGUAACGCCAUUGAAAUUGGCCAAAAGACAAUUCCUCAACUUCUCGUUGACGAGGCUUUUCAUCCGUUCUACAUCUUCCAAGUCGCAAGUCUCAUUUUGUGGUCCAUUGAUGAAUACUAUUACUACGCCGUCUGUAUCUUUCUUAUAUCGUUUUUCAGCAUAGCAACGACUGUGCUAGAGACAAAAUCAACAAUGACGAGGCUUAGGGAAAUAUCCCUUUUCGAAUGUGAUGUCCGGGUGCUAAGAAAUGGAUUCUGGCGAUCUGUAUCCUCCCAAGAACUGGUUCCUGGUGAUGUGUUUGAAUUUUCCGACCCAUCGCUCAACCAGGUCCCGUGUGAUUGUAUAUUGCUAUCAGGAGACUGUAUAGUGAAUGAGAGCAUGCUCACAGGCGAAUCUGUUCCUGUGUCCAAAACACCGCUCACCGAUGAUGCGCUCGGAUAUCUCGAUCUCAGUACCCCCUCUAUGCACCCCGAUAUUGCCAAACAUUUCUUAUUUAGCGGGACGAAAGUAAUUCGAGCUAGAAGACCCCAAAAUGUUGAUGAUGACGAAGCCGUAGCUUUGGCCAUCGUCGUCAGAACUGGAUUCUUGACAACUAAGGGCGCACUUGUCCGCUCAAUGCUUUUCCCAAAGCCUUCUGGAUUCAAAUUCUACCGGGACUCUUUCCGUUACAUUGCAGUGAUGGGAAUGGUCGCUCUUGUUGGAUUUAUUGCUUCAUUCGUCAACUUCGUUCGACUGGGCCUCGCCUGGCAUCUGAUCAUAGUGCGGGCUCUCGACCUGAUUACAAUUGUUGUACCCCCAGCUCUCCCGGCGACGCUUACGAUUGGAACCAAUUUUGCACUUUCGCGACUGAAGAAGCAGAACAUAUUUUGUAUCAGCCCACAGAAAGUCAACGUGGGAGGAAAGCUGGACAUUGUAUGUUUUGACAAAACCGGAACUCUCACAGAGGACGGGCUGGACGUGCUUGGAGUGCGUAUAGUAACCCGUGGUCAAAGGUUUUCGGAGUUGCUCUCUGACACAUCUGACGGGUUCCUUCUCCCAUCCUCAAGCGCAAACUCCGCAUAUGAUGUUGAAAAGCAACGGAAGAUUGUGUACGCCAUGGCUACAUGUCACUCUCUUAGAGUAGUAGACGAUGAGCUGUUGGGAGAUCCUCUCGAUGUGAAGAUGUUUCAAUUUACCAAUUGGGUAUUUGAGGAGGGUGGUCACCAUGUUUCCGACCAGUCAAACCCCAAAUUCGACAACCUAGCGCCGUCAGUGGCAAAACCGCCUCAAGCCCAGGCCGGUGACCAACAGGAUGUAAAUAGUCCCUUGGAGCUUGGAGUGCUGCGGAGUUUUGAAUUUGUUUCUCAACUUCGUCGUGCAAGUGUCGUCGUCCGGAAAUAUGGUGACAACGGAGCGCAUUUCUUUGUCAAAGGUGCUCCAGAGAGCAUCAAGGACAUAUGUACUCCUGGAACACUCCCUUCGGAUUAUGAAGAACUCUUGAACUACUACACCCACAAAGGCUAUCGUGUUAUUGCCUGCGCUACUAAGUACGAAAGAAAGUUGAGCUGGAUGAAAGUCCAAAAGAUGACACGAACCGAGGCCGAAUCUGACCUUGAGUUCCUGGGCUUCAUCAUAUUCGAGAACAAAUUGAAACCCAGUACUUCCGGCGUCAUUUCGGAGCUGAACGAGGCAGGAAUUCGCAAUGUCAUGUGUACUGGUGACAAUAUCUUGACUGCUAUCAGCGUUGCUCGUGAAUGCAACAUGCUUGGACGCGAUGAACCAUGUUUCAUUCCACAUUUCGUUGAAGCACCUGGACUUUCAUCCAAAACUUCCCUCAAAUGGGAAUGCGUGGACAAUCCCGAUCUUCAGUUGAAUCCAAGAACACUUCUGCCUAUAAAUACUGCGGAGAUCGACAUGUCGAUACCAGGAAAUACUUUUGUGGAGCGUGAAUACACCGUCGCUGUGACCGGUGAUGCGUUCCGAUGGUUGAUUGAUUUCGGGAAUGAGGAUGUACUCAAUAAGGUACUUGUAUGCGGGAAGGUGUUUGCCAGAAUGUCCCCAGAUGAGAAACACGAACUGGUUGAGAAACUUCAGUCUCUCGACUACUGCUGUGGCUUUUGUGGCGACGGUGCCAACGACUGUGGUGCGCUGAAGGCUGCAGAUGUUGGAAUCUCUUUGUCGGAUGCUGAAGCGUCUGUUGCCGCGCCCUUUACUAGUCGCCUCUUCGAAAUCUCCUGUGUUCCGACGGUGAUUCGGGAGGGACGGGCUGCUUUGGUGACAAGCUUCUCCUGUUUCAAGUUUAUGAGUCUUUAUUCCGCCAUUCAGUUCUCUACAGUCAGCUUCUUAUACACCUCGGGAUCGAAUCUCGGUGAUUUCCAGUUCCUCUUUAUUGACCUUGUACUCAUCAUGCCUAUUGCAAUCUUCAUGGGUUGGGCUGAUCCUGCUCCUACGCUGUCUCGGAAACGGCCAACCGCUGAUCUUGUCUCGCGGAAGGUUUUGACACCUUUGCUCGGGCAGAUUUUGCUAGCUGUGUUGUCGCAACUUGCGGUCUUCGAGACAGUUCAAUUGCAGCCAUGGUUUUUGCCACCGCAAUUGGACUUGGAGAAGAGCAAUAUUGUCAACUCCGAGAACACAGCACUGUUCUUAUUCUCAUGUUUCCAGUACAUUUUCAUUAGUGUUGUGCUCAGCGCAGGCCCGCCAUUCCGGAAACCGAUGACUAUGAAUGCGCCAUACUUAUGUACGAUUGUCGUCAAUAUCCUGAUCUCGGGUUACAUGCUCUUCAGACCAUCCGACUGGGUGGCAGAUGUGAUGCAACUGACAUUCAUGUCUGAUGGUUUCCGAGGCUGGCUACUCGCGCUGGCAAUUGGAAUCUUCGGUCUGUCCUGGGUAUCGGAAAAGAACGUAUUCCCGCGGUUGGCACAGAUGCUUGGACAUGCCCGUGCCCGCUUGCAGCCCAACUACCGCAAGAAACGCCGGAUGUACAAAGUGUUGUUGGAGGAAUUGCGUUUGUGA